CUUUUUUUCAAAGUUGCAUAUAUUACUCAUCCCUUAUUCUCGAGUUUUCCUCACCAUUACUGCAAACACCGCUUAUAAUGACCACACCCAACACCUCUAACUUUGAUGCAUGUAGCUACACUAAUAUCUGUCAAUUGCCUAAACCUGUUGGCUUUAUACCCGCUAUUCAUACUCACACCCCUUUAUAUGAAUUUAGCCACAUUCCAUUGUCUGCAUCUGCUGACCCAAGUCGUUUAACCUUCCAGCCUCUACCAACCACCAAUCUACCCAGCUACUUUUCAAAUAUUCCAAACACACCCAUAUUGACAAGAUCCCCCAGCACACCCGAGCUGGUACGCGCAGCUGCAUCACCAAUCCUUCCGCUUCAACGCGCAUUGAUCCUACCUACAGACCUCUCGCAGCUAGCACCAUCUGAGUUGGUAAUUCCGCGGCCUUUAAAGUGCCAAACGCGCGCACUUAACGCAUAUAUGCUGUUUCGGAAGUCGGUCAUUGGCAAAUUCAAGCACAGCGGUCUGUCUGCAUCGAAAAUAACAGAGCUUAUUACUGACGCAUGGAAGAAAAUGACUGAGGAUGAGAAACUCUCCUUUCGGGAGAUGUCGAAACAGCAGCAGAGAGAACUGGACAAGGCGAAUGGGCGUGUGGUCAAGAAAGCCCGUGGCAAGAAAGACCGGAAAAAGAGGGCCCACCGCUUCGUCGACUGUAUAGCCAAGAAAUCGUGCAAGGAGAUACCCAAGCUCGAGACAUAUCCUUUGGUCCCCUCAAAUGCUCCUGUUGUUGUACCAAACGCAACCACCGUUUAUGCCCAGUAUGUGCAGGGAUGCCAGGAUUUGGUGCUCUCAGUCGACAUGACAGGCGCUACCACUGACCUGAACCCUACGGCUGAAAAUAUCAUGAUUCCGCCAGACAACCAAGUCUUUGAGCUGCCUCCAGGCAUGCAGUACAUGUCAUAAACAACCGUG